UGUAGUUAUUAUUGCGAGGAAAGUUAACCAACUUCCAAACCCCAUUAUUUUCAAUGGGCCGGUAGUUAUGCAUUCAAAGCCUAUUCAGAAUGAAUGAAAGAUUAUCCUAAAUAUGGAAAUUUGAGAAAGAUUGUGAUAUGACCUUAGCGUGACCAAAUCAAUUUCUUGAUUUCGACCGCUCUAUCUCCUUUAUUGAAAAAGAGAGAUUCUAUAAUCAAAACCCUAACCCUAAUUCCUCUUUCACCCCUUUUACACUCUCUAUUCCCACCACCAGUGAAGCAGCCAUGGCAGAUUGGUCUGAGCUUCCAAAAGAUCUUCAGCAAUUAAUAUCCCAAAAACUGAACAAUCAUUUCUACGUUCUUCGUUUUCGUUCUGUCUGUUCCUCCUAGCGCCUUUCCAUACCAAAACCUCGUAACUAUUUCCCCUUGAAACUCCCGCACUUUUCCCGUCGCAACAAACUAUACAAUCACAACAUCUUUCUCAUCAAACCAUCCGCAACACCCAACCAACAAACUCUCUACCGCCCUUGGUUGGUCAGAAUUUGUCGAACUUCAACCGGAAAGUUUAACCUAUUUCACCCCUUUCACGUCACAGACUUAAUAUACCUUCUUAUUCGAGGGUGCUGGACUUCAGCCAACUCUCUGUCUUUAAUAUCGAACAGAUUUAUAUUUGCGGAGAGUCAUAUCAAAAUUCAUCUACCAUUGAAUUUUGUCAUUAUGAUCGCUCUGUUGCAACGUUUCACAGGGAACCAAUUCUGGAGAUUGUCACAAGCGAUAGAAACUCCGAGGAGAUGUUGAUGUUCCGUCGCAAAGGCAAUGAUUUGACUAAGAUCCCCAAUGUCUCAAGCUUUUACCGGGGCAUGUGCAUUUUUAAAGGCCGGCCUUGUCUAACCGACUAUACUGGUCAGACUGUGAUGAUCGGAUCAGAUUUGAGCGUUCACUUGGUGGCUAAGCCUGUGUCGGGCUUCGAUUUCCAUGGCGAUAUUUACAUUAUGGUGGAAAAUGAGUCUGAGUUGUUGCUUGUUCAGAAAUAUGAUAAAUAUGAGCCUAUUGAUGUGUUUAGGCUUGACCAGAAAGAGAAAAGGUGGCUGAAGUUGGAAAAUUUAGGGGACAUGAUUUUGUUUUUGGGACGAGGCUAUUCGUUUGCUAUAUCGGCGUCGGAUUUGGAUUUGGACAAUGGGAAUUCUGUGAUUUAUUGUAGUAACUAUAUUCGUAACGAAAUCAGGGUUUUUCCCUUGGAUCAACACCGGACUUUUCUUUUGUCUGAUUAUCCAGAUUAUUUCAAGUUGUUCUGGCCACCUCCGGAGUGGAUCGUCAGUAGGUGUUUGUAACAGAGUACGUUAUUUGCAUCAAAAUUUUCUAAUGUAAUAGUGAUUGAUAGUG